ACGAUAUCGCCGGUAUUUUCGCUAAUAUCACUUAUCCUGUACGUAUGUUGUGAUGUUACCAAAUUGAGCCUGCAACAGUGUCGAACAAUGGAAAAACGAAUUAAGCCAUCAGUGCUGGUUCAAAAAGCUAACAGAAUCAAGAAUGGAGACGAUGCUGGUGCAUCUAAGGACAAUAGCAAAUAUGACGCCGGUUCUCUGCUAUUGAUAAGGACAUGA